AUGGCUGCUGUUCAGUUAGUUAUGUUCGAUUUAGCCGGUACUACGGUCGAUGACACAGUAAGUGGGCUACCUUUGGUCGCAGUUGUAAUGAAGGAUGCUUUCAAAACACACGGGAUAGACAUCGAGGCCGAAACGGUAAACGAAUUUCGUGGAUUAGAGAAAAGAGAAGCCAUAAGACAGCUUUUCGUGAAGACACAAGGCAGGGACCCUAGUUCUGAGGUGGUGGAUCGUAUUUUUCAAACAUUCAAAGAGACUCUAACAACAUAUCUUUCUUCGAUUAAGAAAGAGAUUCCGGGAACCACUGCAACAUUUAAAUAUCUAAAAUCUAAAGGCAUAAAGAUUGCAGUUGGCAGUGGAUUUCCCCAUAGCGUUGUGGAAUCAAUUGUUAAGACAUUGGGCUGGAGUGGCCUUUUAGAUUAUGUCUCUAGCAGCGAGAAAGAAGGGCAUGGCAGACCCCACCCUGCUAUGAUUGAUGCUGCCAUAAGGGCGUGCCAAGUGCGGGAUCCCAAGAGUGUGGUCAAGGUGGGGGACUCAAAGGCUGAUGUGGAGGAAGGGAAGAAUGCCGGAUGUUGGACAGUUGCUGUUCUCACUGGUACUCAAGACACGCAGACACUACAAGCUGCAAAUCCUGACUUUGUCAUUGCUAGUGUAAUGGAUUUACCAUCAGUGCUUAAAAACAUUGAAGGCAAGUAA